CGGAAGGGAGCUGCUGAGGGGCGGGGCCAGGACGGCGGGAUCAGCCGGCCGGCCGGCAGUGGUGUUCCAGCGGAGCGGGGCAGUGGGAGGAGGUCUGGAUGGUGGGGGAACAACGCACUGGGGACCUCAUGGUGCCCUUGGGGCCCCGGCUGCAGGCAUAUCCUGAAGAACUUAUUCGACAGCGUCCUGGGCAUGAUGGGAGUCCGGAAUACCUGAUCCGAUGGAGUGUCCUGAGGUGUGGGGAAAUGGGUAGAGUGGGUGUAGAAGAGGGCAAGGCAGAGCACAUCCUCAUGUGGCUGUCAGCCCCUGAGGUCUACGCCAACUGCCCCAUGCUGCUAGGUGAAUGGGCACUGUCUAAGAGACCUCAGCAUGAACCAGCUGGGGGAUCAGGAAGCUUUCCCCGAGAUCCAGGAGGCCUGGACGAUGUGUCAAUGGGAGAGAUGGAGGCUGAUGUACGGGCACUGGUGCAGAGGGCUGCCAGGCAGCUGGCAGAAGGUGGGACCUCGAGCCUCCCAGCCUCCGUGCUCCACACCAUCCACGUGCUCAGCGCCUACGCCAGCAUCAGACCCCUUGCUGGGGUCUUCAGGGAGACAGGAGCCCUAGACCUGCUCAUGCACAUGUUGUGCAACCCUGAGCCUCAGAUCCGUCGGAGUGCGGGCAAGAUGCUGCAGGCUCUGGCCGCCCACGACGCCGGGAGUCGGGCUCACGUCCUUCUGUCACUGAGCCAGCAAGACAGCAUUGAGCAGCACAUGGAUUUUGACAGCCGCUAUACUUUGCUGGAGCUGUUUGCAGAGACCACAUCCUCUGAGGAGCACUGCAUGGCCUUCGAGGGCAUUCAUCUGCCUCAGGUCCCAGGAAAGCUGCUCUUCUCCCUGGUGAAACGCUACCUGUGUGUCACUUCCCUGCUGGAUCAGCUGAGUAACAGUCCAGAGUCAGGGGCUGGAGCCCCAGGCUCCCUGUCCCCAGGGGAGGAGUUCGCCUGGGAGAAAAGCCGGGGGCAGCAGGAGCUGGAGUUCAGUAUGGCUGUGGGUAACCUCAUCUCCGAGCUCGUGCGGAACAUGGGCUGGUCCCAGACCUUCAGCGAAAGGAGCACGUCACCUCCCCGGCCAUCCCGGUCCAUCUUCCAGCCCUGCAUUUCAGGCCCUAGCCUUUUACUCCCCCCCAUUGUUGCCACCCCCAGAAAGCAAGGGCGGGCCUUCCGCCAGCGUUACGAAUUCUCUAGCCGGAGUGGCUAUGGCGAAUACGUGCAACAGACGCUGGUGCCAGGGAUGCGGGUGCGGAUGCUGGAUGAUUACGAGGAGAUCAGUGCUGGGGACGAGGGCGAGUUCCGGCAGAGCAACAGUGGCGUGCCCCCUGUGCAGGUCUUCUGGCUGUCGAUGGGUCGCACCUACUGGGUGCACUGGCACAUGCUAGAGAUCCUGGGCCCUGAGGAAGCUGCUGAGGACACAGCUUCGGCAGCUGUGGAGAAAGGGCCAGGGGCCACCGUGUUGGGCACAGCACUUCCCCCCUGGGACUGGAAGCCUGUGGAUAGGCUGUACUCUUUGCCGUAUCUCCAGCCUGAGCCUCAGAAGGAUGAGAAAUUGGGAUACCUUACCCAGGCUGAGUGGUGGGAGCUGCUCUUCUUCAUCAAGAAGUUGGACAUACGUGAGCAGCAGCCAAUUUUUCAGAGUCUUCGGGAGAACCUGGAUGAGACCCGGGAUGAAAAGUCCCUAGGUGAAAUCUCUGUACCCAGAGAAGUGGCUGAGGGUCUGCUGCAGGUUCUCAGCAAUCGGUUUGAGGGGAGCACCCUCAGGGACCUACUCAACUCCCACAUCUACACCAAGUACGGGCAGCGGCCUGAUGCACUGGGCAGCUCACCCUCUUCACGAAGUCACUCCUGUGCCCUGGAUCCAGAAGGGGAGUCCAGGUUGGAGGCUAAGUUCUCCAGGGAAGAGACCAAGUCCUCCAAAGCAAAGGCUGAGCCCCACAAAGCAGAGGCAGAGCCUGCCAAGGGGAAAACUGAGCCCCCCAUGGCACAGAGUGAUUCUCAGCUGUUUAACCAGCUUCUGGUGACUGAGGGGAUGGCUCUGCCCUCCGAGAUAAAGGAGGCAGCCAGAGAGAUGGCUAAUGCCUUGCGGGGCCCAGGUCCACGCAGUUCCCUGGAUCAGCAGGUGGCUGCCGCUGUGGCUACUGUGCAGAUAUCCAGCCUGGACACAAACCUGCAGCUUUCAGGCCUCUAUGCCCUCUCUCUCGCUGUGGAGGAGGUGACUGAGCGGGACCACCCUCUGGUCCGUCCUGACAGAUCCCUGAGAGAGAAGCUAGUGAAGAUGCUGGUGGAGCUGCUGACCACCCAGGUGGGACAGAAGAUGGUGGUGGUCCUAGCCCUGCGCCUCCUCUACUUGCUCAUCACCAAGCAUGAGUGGCGCCCACUCUUUGCCAGGGAGGGUGGCAUCUAUGCGGUGCUGGUCUGCAUGCAAGAACACAAGACUUCUGUCUUGGUGCAGCAGGCAGGGCUGGCGGCACUGAAGAUGCUGGCCAUCGCCAGCUCCUCGGAGAUCCCCACUUUCCUUUCCGGCCAAGAUCCUGUCCACCCGUUGUUUGACGUGCAGAUGACCAGAGAGAUCUUUGCCAGCAUCGGCUCAGCCACCCGCCCGGGCUCCGAGAGCCUGCUCCUGACCGUCCCUGCAGCCGUGACCCUGAUGCUAAACACUGAGGGGUGCUCCUCUGCAGUGAGAAAUGGCCUGAUCCUGCUCAGCCUGCUUUUGUGCAACCACCACACUCUGGGAGAUCAGAUUGUAACCCAAGAGCUGAGAGACACCUUGUUUAGGCACUCAGGGGUAGCACUGGAGACAGAGCCCAUGCCCACCACACGCACCGUCCUCAUGAUGCUUCUCAAUCGCUACUCAGAGCCACCGGGCAGUCCUGAGCGCACAGCACCACUGGAGACCCCCAGUGCCUGGGGCCAGGGCGGGUCCCCUGAGCUCCUGAUUGGCUCCCUGGUUGGGAGCCCAUCUGCAGAACUCCUCCUGGACUUGGAGCGCGUGCUGUGCCGGGAGGGCGGCCCCAGGGGUGCCGUGAGGCCCCUCCUCAAGCGUCUCCAGAAGGAGACCCAGCCCUUCCUCCUGCUGCUGCGGGCUCUGGAUGCCCCUGGACCCAACAAAACUCUGCUGCUGACCACACUGAGGGUCAUGACCCAGCUGCUGUAUUACCCUGAGGCACUGGCCCUCCCCUGGCAUGAGGUCUUGGAGCCCUGCCUCAACUGCCUGAGUGGCCCCAGUAGUGACUCUGAGAUUGUUCAGGAGCUGCUCUGCUUCCUGCAUCGCCUGGCCUCGAUGCACAAGGACUAUGCAGUGGUGCUCUGCUGCCUGGGAGCCAAAGAGACCCUCUCCAAAGUCCUGGACAAGUACUCAGCUCAGCUGCUGCUGGCCUGCGAGCUGCGGGACCUGGUGACGGAGUGUGAAAAACACGCCCAGCUCUACAGCAGCCUCACCUCCAGCAUCCUGGCUGGCUGCGUUCAGAUGGUGCUGGACCAGAUCGAAGACCACAGACGGACCCAGCGACCCAUCAACAUCCCCUUCUUUGACGUGCUCCUCAGGCACCUCUGCCAGGGCUCCAGUGUGGAGGUGAAGGAGGACAAGUGCUGGGAGAAGGUGGAGGUGUCCUCCAACCCGCACCGGGCCAGCAAGCUCACGGACCGCAACCCCAAGACUUACUGGGAGUCCAACGGCAGCACCGGCUCCCACCACAUCACCUUGCACAUGCACCGUGGUGUUAUGGUUAGGCAGCUGACGCUGCUGGUGGCCAGCGAGGACUCCAGCUACAUGCCGGCCAGGGUGGUGGUGUUCGGGGGCGACGGCACCAGCUGCCUCAGCACUGAGCUUAACACGGUCAACGUGAUGCCCUCCGCCAGCCGGGUGAUCCUCCUGGAGAACAUGAACCGCUUCUGGCCCGUCAUCCAGAUUCGCAUAAAGCGCUGCCAACAGGGCGGCAUUGACACCCGGGUUCGGGGUGUGGAGGUCCUGGGCCCCAAGCCCACUUUCUGGCCACUAUUUCGAGAGCAACUCUGUCGCCGUACAUGUCUUUUCUACACAAUUCGGGCGCAAGCCUGGAGCCGGGACAUAGCAGAGGACCGCAGGCGUCUCCUCCAGCUCUGUCCCAGACUGAACAGGGUUUUGCGCCACGAGCAGAAUUUUGCCGAUCGCUUCCUCCCUGACGAUGAAGCCGCCCAAGCACUGGGCAAGACCUGCUGGGAGGCCCUGGUCAGCCCCCUGGUGCAGAACAUCACCUGCCCCGACGCAGAAGGUGCGAGUUCCCUGGGAUGGCUGCUGGGUCAGUACGUAGAGCAGAAGGAGAGCUCGCACAACCCGCUGGGUCGGGCAGCGUCCUUUGCCUCUCGAGUUCGUCGCCUUUGCCGCUUGCUGGUGCAUGUGGAGCCUCCACCUGGGCUUUCUCCUGAGCCAUCCACUCAUCCCUUCAGCAAGAACAGGAAGGGUCAGGAUCGGAGCCCUGGACCUUCACCGGUUCUUCCAAGCAGCAGCCUGAGGAACAUAACGCAGUGCUGGCUGAGUGUGGUGCAGGAGCAGGUCAGCAGCUUCCUGGCCGUAGCCUGGAGGGCCCCAGACUUCGUGCCUCGCUACUGUGCCCUCUAUGAGCACUUGCAGAGAGCAGGCUCAGAGCUCUUCGGGCCUCGGGCAGCCUUCACGCUGGCCCUGCACAGCGGCUUCUCGGGCGCCUUGCUGCAGCAGCCCUUCCUCACCUCCGCUCAUAUGAGCGAGCAGUUUGCCAGGCACAUCGACCAGCAAAUCCAGCACUGCCUGGUUGGCGGAGCCCCUGGAGCAGGUAUGCUGGGGCAGCUUCAGCGGCACCUGGAGCCCAUCAUGGUCCUUUCUGGCCUGGAGCUGGCCACUACUUUUGAGCACUUCUACCAGCACUACAUGGCGGACCGUCUCCUGAGCCUGGGCUCCAGCUGGCUGGAGGGGGCCGUGCUGGAGCAGAUCGGCCCCUGCUUCCCCAGCCGCCUCCCCCAGCAGAUGCUGCAGAGCCUGAGCACCUCUGAGGAGCUGCAGCGCCAGUUCCGUGUCUACCAGCUCCAGCGGCUUGAUAAGCUGCUCUUGGAGCAGGAGGAUGAGGAAGAACGGGGUCUGGAAGAAGAGGAGGAAGAGGAGGAAGAGGAGGCUGGGAAAGAACUAUUUAUCGAAGAUCCAAGUCCAACAGUUUCUAUACUGGUCCUGUCACCACGCUGCUGGCCGGUCUCCCCACUCUGCUACCUGUACCAUCCCAGAAAGUGCCUUCCCACAGAAUUCUGUGAUGCCCUUGACCGCUUCUCCAAUUUCUACAGCCAGAGUCAGAACCACCCCGUCCGGGGACCACAGCGGCGGCUGCAGUGGACGUGGCUGGGCCGGGCCGAGCUGCAAUUCGGGGACCAGAUGCUGCACGUGUCCACCGUGCAGAUGUGGCUGCUGUUACAUUUCAAUCAGACAGAGGAGGUGUCAGUAGAAACCUUGCUGAAGAAUUCUGACCUCACCACACAGCUACUGCUCCAGGCACUCUUGCCCCUCACCUCUGAGAAUGGCCCUUUGACCCUGCAUGAGGGUCAGGACUUCCCCCGUGGAGGUGUGCUGCGGGUUCGGGAGCCUGGGCUCCACCCCCGUGGGGGGGCCCUGUGGUUGGUGCCUUCCCAGAAGUACCUGAAUGUAGAGAAGGAUGAGGGCCGGACCCUGGAACAGAAGAGGAACCUCUUGAGCUGUCUUCUUGUCCGUAUUCUCAAAGCCCAUGGGGAGAAGGGUCUCCACAUCGAUCACCUGGUUUGUCUGGUGCUGGAAGCCUGGCAGAAGGGUCCAAAUCCUCCUGGAAGCCUGGGCGGAACGGUGGCUGGGGGCGUGGCGUGUUCCAGCACAGAUGUCUUCUCUUGUGUCCUGCACCUCCUGGGCCAGGGCUACGUGAAACAGCGUGCUGACUGGCCCCAGAUCCUGACAUACGCCACCCCUGAGCCUGCGGAGCCCUGCCGUGGUCAGGCGGAGGUGCCCUUCUGUGGCGGCCGAACCACCGGGGCCUCCAGUCCCAGCCCAGAAGCUGUGGCCGCCCUGGCAUCUCUUCAGCUGCCUGCAGGCCGCACCAUGAGCCCCCAGGAGGUAGAAGGGCUGAUGGAGCGGACAGUGCGGCAGGUGCAGGAGACGCUGAACCUAGAGCCAGAUGUGGCUCAGCACCUUUUGGCGCAUUCCCACUGGGGCGCCGAACAGCUGCUGCAGAGCUACAGCGAGAACCCCCAGCCACUGCUGCUGGCAGCUGGGCUGCGGGUGCCCAAGGCCCAGGCCGCCCCGGCACGCCCUGACCACUGUCCUGUCUGUGUCAGCCCCCUGGAGGCCGCCGACGACCUGCCCGCCCUCUGCUGCCUGCACGGCUGCUGCAAGUCCUGCUGGAGUGAGUAUCUGACGACCCGGAUAGAGCAGAACCUUGUGAUGAACUGCACCUGCCCCAUUGCCGACUGCCCUGCCCAGCCCACGGGAGCCUUCAUUCGUGCCAUCGUCUCCUCGCCAGAGGUCAUCUCCAAGUAUGAGAAGGCCCUCCUUCGUGGUUACGUGGAGAGCUGCUCCAACCUGACCUGGUGCACCAACCCCCAAGGCUGCGACCGCAUCCUGUGCCGCCAGGGCCUGGGCUGUGGGACCACCUGCUCCAAGUGUGGCUGGGCCUCCUGCUUCAACUGCAGCUUCCCUGAGGCACACUACCCUGCCAGCUGCGGCCACAUGUCUCAGUGGGUCGAUGAUGGCGGCUACUAUGAUGGCAUGAGUGUGGAGGCACAGAGCAAGCACCUGGCCAAGCUCAUCUCUAAGCGCUGUCCCAGCUGCCAGACUCCCAUCGAGAAGAAUGAAGGGUGUCUGCACAUGACCUGUGCCAAAUGCAACCACGGAUUCUGCUGGCGCUGCCUCAAGCCCUGGAAGCCAAGUCACAAAGACUAUUACAACUGCUCCGCCAUGGUGAGCAAGGCAGCUCGCCAAGAGAAGCGGUUCCAGGACUACAAUGAGAGGUGUACUUUCCAUCACCAGGCCCGGGAGUUUGCCGUGAACUUAUGGAACCGCGUGUCUGCCCUGCACGAGGUGCCCCCACCCAAAUCCUUCACCUUCCUCAGCAACGCUUGCCGGGGACUCGAGCAGGCUCGAAAGGUGCUGGCCUACGCCUGCGUGUACAGCUUCUACAACCAGGACACGGAGCAACUGGACGUGGUGGAGCAGCAGACCGAGCAUCUGGAGCUGCACACCACUGCCCUGCAGAUCCUGCUCGAGGAGCUCCUGCUGCAGUGCAGAGACCUGGCCGCGGCCCUGCGCCUGCUGCGGGCGGACUGUCUCCACAUGGGCCUGGAGCUGCUGCGGCUGAUCCAGGAGAGGGUGCUUGCUAUCCUGCAGCAUUCCACCCAGGAUUUCCGGGUUAGUCUCCAAGGUCCCUCGUUAGAGGCCCGGGAGGCAAAAGGGUCCAGUGUGCCCAGCAGCCAGCCCCAGGGUCCCUCGGGGCUGGAGGCGGCUGAGGAGGAGGAGGAAGGCGACGAGGACGAGGACGAGGACGAGGUGUCCGCGUGGCAGCAAGAUGAGUUUGACGAGGAGCUGGACAACGACAGCUUCUCCUAUGACGAGGAGUCCGAGAACCUAGACCGAGACACUUUCUUCUUUGGUGAUGAGGAAGAGGAUGAUGAGGGCUAUGACUGAGGGUCAGGGCACAGGGAGCCCCUGGAGCCGCCCCAGAGCCACGGGGCCAAGGGGGCCGGGACUCACCCUGUUGUGAUGGGGUAUGCAGAGGGAACGAUCCCCAGUACCCGCAGCACCUUCUCACGUUUACUGAAUAAACUUUUUUCACAUACUUC